GCGCAAGCGACCAAUCGAGCGGUUCUCGGUCGAGUCUGUUAGGUCGGCGCGAAGUGGUCAAGGAUAGGCAAAGUUGCUUUUCUCAAUUAUACGGAUACACGUCUUCGUCGUUUUGCGAAAUUACCGAUUCGACUCGUUUAAGCUGAUCUCGCACAAUUGCAUGUCAUCGUUGCGGUCGGUGGAACGCGAAACCCGUAGUGGAAGAACACCCCGAUGAGUGUCAAGACAGCGAGGGAGACGACGGGAAGGCCAGGCCUCUUCGUACGUGCGCUUCGCGGUCGUCGUGCAUUAUCGCGAUCGCUGUCACACCGUCAUCGGGUCACGAUCAGCACCGGAGUUGGCGACUGUGCCACGCCGUUUCCUGUUGUAUGCAUGCCAAAGGCGAAGGUAAAGGUGCCUCGCGAUUGAAUACGGCGCUCGUUUGGUGGUGUUGGCUCGAGGGAAGAGAGAGCGCACCACACACACGGAAAGGCAAAGGACCAAGGGCUUUGCGACACGGGGAAAAAGAAAAAUCUGACAGCGCGCGGAAACAUCUCCCGAGAGAAAUAACGAGAGAGAUAAUAAAGAGAUAAAGCGCGAAAAAGAGGUGGAAUGCGAUAAAGAGAAAAGGAGCAAGAAGUGCGAUUUCCGUUCUAUGGAUAUGAGCAGCGCGCUCUGUGGAGAGGAAUUAGGUUGGCCGAGACCGCGAAACGGUAAAAGAGGCCACUGGUAGAAACGUCAAUUCAACCACGUCUGACAAAUUGGGGCAGGGGAGAGAGAUCUUUUGGAUCUCUCUUUUUUUGUUUUUAUUUUCCCACGUUAUUAUCUGUAUUUUUUUUCGAUUUUGAUGGUAGUGGCGGUGCGGUCGCAACGAUUGGGUGACCGCACGUAUUUUAAAAUCAUAUCAAUCGAAAUUACACACUCAUGAAUCAAGAUUACGCACUCGGAAUCAUAUGGGUCGGUACGGUCUCGAUCGGAAUCACAUCCGUCAAAAUCAGCUGGUCUGAGUGUUCGCACUGAUACGUCAGAUUCGAACGCGCGAGGAUGAUAAAAAUCGAGAUCUGCGAAGCCACGGGGCUUCGCGCGACCGAGAAUCAACGAAGAUUCUCACAAGAAGAACCAUUACUAUAUCCGUACGUUCAGGUGAGUGUAGGUGAGACGGGCCUGGGUCGUACGUCCACGAGGCCGAGAACGUCGAACCCAGUUUGGAAUGAAUCUUUCGUGUACUCCGGAAAUCAUUCGGGAAUAUUGAACUUGACCGUCUUUCACGACAUGGUGCUACAACCGGAUUAUUUUAUUGCUAACUGCAACAUUUCCUUCGAAGGUCUGACCAAACAACGUGAUACCGACGUUUGGAUUGAUCUGGAACCUCAGGGAAAAUUGAGAGUGAAAAUGAUAUUCGAUUAUGUAGCAGAAAAUACGCCACUAAGUAGCGGAUUGGGUGGCAAUGGUGAAGGCACAGUCAGCAGUGAACGAGUAUUUAAAGAGAGAGGUUUCGGUGGUAGAAGAUAUGCAGUGCGACGGAAAAUACAUCAAGUGAACGGACACAAAUUUAUGGCUACUUUUCUGAAGCAACCAACAUUUUGUUCGCAUUGUCAUGAUUUUAUAUGGGGCUUGGGCAAACAGGGCUAUCAGUGUCAAGUAUGUACUUGUGUGGUCCACAAAAGAUGUCACAAGUUUGUGAUAACCAAGUGUCCAGGAAUGAGAAAAUUAGGUGGACAAACCGCGUUAAAAUCAAGUAAAGAAACAGAUGGUCCACGCUUCAGUAUAGAUGUGCCACAUCGUUUUGUUCUUCAUACAUACAAAAGAUUUACAUUUUGUGACCAUUGUGGAUCCUUGUUGUAUGGUUUUGUCAAACAGGGUCUACAAUGCGAAGUUUGUAACAUGAACAUUCAUAAACGAUGCCUAAGGAAUGUACCAAACAGUUGUGGUGUCGAUACCAAAGCUAUGGGCGAUAUUUUGCAAACGAUAAAUAUAUCCGCCGACAAGAAAUCCAAACCUUUAAAAAUUACAGAAAGUCACGAUGGACCAUCUACGUCUACUACAUCAUGUACAAACACAUCAUCCACGACUGGAUUACAGGCAAACCAAAGAACAUCACAAUCAAUGAACAUCUGUGAAAACGCAGUACCUGUUAACGGCAGUGAACUAAGAAAAUUCGGUAUUGACGAUUUUAAUUUUAUCAAAGUGCUCGGUAAAGGUAGUUUCGGUAAAGUGAUGCUUGUGGAACGAAAGAGUAACCCCGACGAAGUUUAUGCCGUGAAAAUUUUGAAAAAAAGCGUUAUUAUUCAAGACGAUGAUGUAGAGUGCACAAUGACGGAAAAGAGAAUUUUAGCUCUAGCAGCGAAACAUCCUUUUUUAACAGCCAUCCAUAGUUGCUUCCAAACCACUGACCGACUUUUCUUUGUUAUGGAAUAUGUGAAUGGAGGUGAUCUAAUGUUUCAUAUACAAAAAGCACAAAAAUUUGACGAAGAUAGAGCGCGUUUCUAUUCAGCAGAAGUCACCCUUGCGCUUCAGUUCCUACACAAACAUCACGUUUUAUAUCGUGAUUUAAAACUGGAUAAUAUAUUAUUAGAUUCGGAAGGACACAUUAAAUUAGCAGACUUUGGAAUGUGUAAAGAAAAUGUAAUUGAGGGAGAAACGACAACAUCGACAUUUUGCGGUACACCGGAUUAUAUAGCUCCAGAAAUACUUCAAGAAUUGCCAUAUGGUGCAAGCGUUGACUGGUGGGCUUUGGGUGUUUUGUUGUAUGAAAUGUUGGCUGGACAGCCACCUUUUGAAGCCGAGAACGAAGACGACCUAUUCGAAUCGAUAUUACGAGAUGAAGCACUAUAUCCUGGAUGGAUCUCGCAAGAAGGAGUAUCCAUUUUGAAAGGUUUUAUGACUAAAAAUCCUGCCAAGCGAUUAGGUUGUGUGGCAGCCAAUGGUGGUGAUAAUGCUAUAAAAGUCCAUCCAUUUUUCUACAAGAAGAUAGAUUGGGAAGCACUCGAAGCGCGAAGAGUGCAACCACCAGUUAAACCUGAAAUUAAAAAUGAAAAAGAUGCUUCGAACUUCGAUAAAGACUUCACACAGGAGCCUCCUGUAUUAACACCAAUGGAAGAUGAUGGAUAUAUAAAUCAAGAUGAGUUUCGAGAUUUUUCUAUGGUCAAUAAGGAUUUUAAUCCAACCAGAUUUUAAGCGAUAAACGGUGAUAAUUAUUCUGGAGGAAAAAUGAAGUCAGAUAUCGUGCUAACACUUCCCACUUAACAAGACAAACGCCAUUUUAUAACGUCGUAUUAUUAAGUGGAAAAUAUUAAAACGAUAUCAAUUUCAUUAGACAUUAGAGAUGACAUAUUUCUUGUUAUCUUGGUUACUUCCUCGUUUUGUUCUUCCUCUUUUCCAAUUAAACUAUUUUUUAAAUCAUUUCUUUAUAAGAAAAUCAUGUACAAAAUGAAAUCAAAUUUGAAAAUGUCAUAAUAUUUGCUUUUUAAAAGUACCGCGAUCUUUCGAUGAUAUUAAUUUAAGUAGGGAUAUAUAUUCAAAUUUUAUAGCCACAAAUUCUGAUCUUUCAGGUAUACAUAACGGCUUAAGAUGCCUAAAUGUCUGAUUUAGAUUUUAUGUUGCCAGACGCUACGCUCUUGGCACUGGCAAAGAGUGAGUGACAGUGUGAUAGUAUGCAAGUAAUCGAAUGAAUGAGACAAAUUGUAUGUGUGCGUCUUUCCUUCGAUACGAUUUGCUCAUUUCUGGCAAUACAAUUUGUUUGUUUUCAUGUUGCAUAGUCAGACUGCAACAAAUUAUGUCGAAGGUAAAACUCAGCAGAAUACCCAGCUCGCUAUACUUGAUGUAUUUUCUAUACUGCUGGGUUAUCUAGAUUGUGUAUCUAUAUCGGUGUGUCUAGAAUUACAAUGUACAUGUGCAAUCAACAUGCUUUAAUCCAUGAAAGAGAAGUUACGUUACGGUCGCCUCAUGGACAUAGUGCGAAAUGUCUCUCUCUUUAGAUUUAGAUGCGUAUAAAAUAUAUAUAUAUAUAUAUAUAUAUGUAUGUAUAUAUAUAUAUAUAUAUAUUUAUAUAUAGUACAUUUCCAACGCACAUUGCAUAUCGGUUCUCUCUCAUUUCCCGCAUUAAUAUAUUUAUUAUUAUCGUAAUUGUGUGCUUGUACCAUGUAAACUUAAUGUUCAUUACGCUCAGGCUUGAUGAAAGAAUAUCAUGAUUUAUACCGUCCUUAAUACACCAAUAUGAUACGUCUUUGCCGCAAUGCUUUUUUCAGUUUUUUCAUUAGUAUUGUGGUAAGUUUUUUAAAAAUACUCAAAAUUAUUUACUUGUCUCUGUUCAAGUAAUACAAUAAUUCUCACAUCAAAUUAAAUGAUAUUCUAACAUCACGUCUUGGAAGAUCAUUGAGAGACAUGGUGACAAGUUUAUUUGUUAUUUAAUCAUAUUUUUUUACUAAUUUUUGUGAAUUACAAACUAAAUUAAGUUUUUAAAAAAGUAAUGAGGUGACCCUCGAACGCUUGUAGAAAUUCAAGUAUAUAAAUUACAAGUUUCUUUGAGGACAUUUGUUAAACAUUUUUAUUUUCAAAGCUACAUAUACAAAUUUCUAUUCAAAGUUAUUGAAAUGUUACUUGUAUAUCAAAAUCUUUUGAACUUUGUUAAAAACACAUUGUAAUUUUGUAAUAUAUGACAUAUA